CAAUAAUGAUAAAGCAAACAAAGGGGAUUGGGGAAGAUGAUCCAGUUAAUAAGCGCCAUUUCCAUUCUCAUCUUCGCGAUCCUUGCACAAUCAACAACAGCAUCCAGAUUACCGGCUAUCCUAAGUUUGAAAACCUCCACCUUAUCCGUUACGGAUUUCGGCGCAGUCGGCGAUGGUGUUCAAUACGAUACAGUUCAAAUUCAGGCUGCGAUCGACGCAUGUUUCGCUUCCUCUGAUAUAGGAGGACGAUGCCGUGUCGUCUUCCCUCCAGGGAACUACCUAACGGCGACGAUCUUUCUCAAAUCUGGCAUUGUUCUCGAUGUACAAGAAGGCGCCAGAAUUCUAGGUGGGACGAGGAUCCAGGAUUAUCCAGCGGAUCAGAGCCGAUGGUAUGUGGUGCUGGCGGAGGACGCAACGGAUGUAGAGAUUACCGGAGGUGGAGAGAUCAAUGGUCAGGGUUUGAAGUUCGUGAAUCGAUUCGAUGAGAGGAAGAAUGUGAUGGUGAGCUGGAAUCAAACUGGAGCAUGCUUGGGUGAUGAAUGUCGGCCGAGACUCGUAGGUUUUCUUAGAUGCCGGAAUGUUAGGGUUUCAUCAGUCAGCUUGAUUGAACCGGCUUAUUGGUGCUUGCAUAUUGUAAAGUGUGAGAACACAUCAAUUGAAGAUGUUUCAAUUUACGGAGAUUUCAAUUCUCCUAAUAACGAUGGAAUCGACAUAGAAGAUUCAAACAACACGAUGAUAACUCGGUGCAAAAUUGAUACAGGUGAUGAUGCAAUAUGUCCAAAAACCUCCAAUGCGCCUCUCUACAACCUUACUGCAACUGAUUGCUGGAUCAGAACAAAAUCAUCCGCCAUCAAACUUGGGAGUGCUAGCUGGUUUGAGUACAAGGGUUUGUUGUUUGAUAACAUAACCAUUGUUGAAUCUCAUAGGGGACUUGCCUUUCAAAUUCGAGAUGGAGGAAAUGUGAGUGAUGUUACCUUCUCGAAUAUAAACAUAAGCACAAGAUACUAUGAUCCUUCAUGGUGGGGAAGAGCAGAGCCUAUUUACAUAACAACCUGUCCUAGGCACUCAAAUUCGAAAGCGGGAUCAAUUUCUAAUAUUCAGUUCAUCAACAUAUCGUCAAUAUCUGAAAACGGGGUUUUCUUGUCAGGAUCCAAAGGGGGGCUUUUGAGCAAUUUGAAGUUCUUGAAUGUAAACCUUACAUACAAAAGAUGGACUAAUUAUUCGGAUGGUUUGAUAGAUUACAGGCCUGGAUGUCAAGGGCUUGUUAUUCACAGUAUAGCAGGGUUCUUGAUGGAAAAUAUUCGAGGGCUGUCAAUUGAAAACGUGAAUAUGAGAUGGUUGAAGAAGGAAGAUGAAGGAAAUGAGAAGUGGAACAAUCCUUUAGAGUUUCGGCCCUCAACUGUGACUGAUAUUUCCUUCAUGAAUUUCCACUCUGAAGUAUAUGAACAGAGAUGAUAAUGAUUCUUCUAAAAUCUCUGUAUGUUUUGUUUCCACGUGAUGAUUAGUUGAUGGAUGAAAAAUUGCAUAAGUAAAUAGUUGUUUUUUAUGAAG